GGACCUCCAGGUUUUAGAGGAGAUCAAGGACAUAAAGGAUCAAAAGGUGAGCCAGGAUAUGUGUAUCCAGAAGGGCCAAAAGGUGGCCGAGGAGAUCCAGGGGCCAGGGGAGACAAAGGAAGAAAAGGUUCAGAUGGAUUUCUGGGAAGACCUGGCUCUAAAGGAUCCAAGGGUUCUAAAGGUGAAGAGGGAUUGGCUGGUUCAAAAGGAGAUAGAGGACUACCUGGAUUGCCUGGCAAUCUUGGUCUUCCUGGAGAGAUGGGGCCUCCUGGACUGCCAGGAUAUGGACCACAAGGAAUAAGAGGUUUCAAAGGCUCUAAAGGAAUACCUGGUCCACCUGGAUUACCUGGAGAAGUUGGUCUGAAAGGAGAGACCAGUAGGGUAACUCCAUUACCUGCGUUGCCAGGACCUCAAGGACCAGAUGGUUUACCUGGACCCCCAGGAGUGCCUGGUAGGGUUGGAGCAAGAGGUCAGCCAGGUGAUUCAGGACAUCCAGGGCCAACAGGUGACACAGGUGUUCCAGGGCUUGGAUUUCCUGGAAACCCAGGUCCAAAAGGAGAUAAAGGACUUGCAGGAGGCAGAGGGUCACCAGGUUGUGAAGGAAAGAUCGGAGAUCCAGGCCGAGCUGGAAACCUAGGACAACCAGGAGAAAAGGGUGAUCCAGGCAUGGUUAUUCCUGGAGAGCCAGGAGAUACUGGAUUUCCAGGACUUCCAGGCCUACCAGGGCGUGCUGGACGUGAUGGUGAUGAUGGCCUAAGAGGAGAUCGUGGCUCACCUGGAGUUCCUGGAGAUCCAGGUUUUCCAGGGAAACCUGCUGAAUGUCUUAUUGGCCUGCCAGGUUUGCCAGGUGGCCAGGGAGCUACAGGCCCACCAGGAGGAAGAGGUUCACAAGGUUCAAAAGGAAAACUAGGUCUUCCUGGCUUGAGUAUCCCAGGAACCUAUGGAAAGCCUGGGGAACCUGGAUUAAUAGGUCUUCAGGGAAAUACAGGAUUACCUGGUCCCAAGGGGCAGUCUGGAAGGCCAGGAAUCUCUGGUGUGCCAGGCUCAAGGGGAGAGCCAGGUAUAAUGGGCCUGCUAGGAAUUCCUGGACCCCGUGGCAUGAUUGGAAGACCAGGCAACCCGGGUAUCAGAGGUUCUUCUGGCUUCCCAGGACUAAAGGGAAGAAAAGGGUUUCUUGGAGCAAAAGGCGAACCAGGUGAUAAAGGUUUUCCUGGACCAUCUGAGACCUUGGUUGGUAUUGGGACUAAAGGAGAACAAGGCUUAAAAGGAGUUCAAGGAGGAAUGGGUCUACGAGGAGAAAAAGGAGAUGCUGGUGUGCAAGGUCCCCCAGGUUCUGAUGGGUCUGAAGGAAUACCUGGUCUACCAGGUGUCAAAGGAUUUAUGGGUCUUCCAGGGAUUCCUGGAGGACAGGGAUUCCCAGGUGCACCAGGAAACAAAGGGGACAUGGGAAUUCCAGGUCCAAAAGGACAGAAAGGAUCUCCAGGCUUUCCAGGACCAUCAGGUGAUCCUGGUCCACCAGGCUAUGGUGGCUUUCCAGGUGACAGAGGAGACCCUGGGUACCCAUCUGCUGGGCCUCCAGGAGAACCUGGUCCAAAG